CCCCACCCUUCUGCAAUUUCCACUGUAUUCGUGCAAGAUGAAGUACGGACGCAUUGCUGCGCUGCUUGUUCAAGCUGUGGCCUUGGCGACCGCCACACCAGCAGCCCAUGUCGUCAACAGCUCAGCUCCCAUCGGGACACUCCACAUUUUUGGAGAUUCCUACACCGACAGCUGCAACGUCUGGCACCUCCAGCACAGCGACACGCCCAUCUUUCCCGGUUGCCCUCCUCCCGAUGCCGGAAGAAGCACCGGCGCAAGAGCUUGGCCAGAGUACAUUCGCAUCGAUCAAGGUCAGCGCGAGAGCAGCAGCACCAACGCUUCGAAUCCAUCGUCGCCCGGUGGCGAUCCAAUCGCAGGCAGCAAGCAGCAGCAGUGGCUUAUCCGCAACUGGGCAUUCAGCGGUGCUACGUGCGACAAUGCGGCCUUUCCCUCUCAAGCUCCCUCAGUCGUCGAUCAGCUUGCACUGCUUCAGUCCGGCUAUGGAGCCGUGCCGCCCAUCGGCAAGCCCAACGCCAAGGCGGACGUAGCCCUCUUCCUGAUCGGCACGAACGAUGUCAUCCGACUAGCUUCGAAGGAGCGCGGUUUUGGCGGCUUGUUUCCCUACAAUUCCAAAACCACGGUCGCGAGCGAGACGGCCUGCAUUCGUGCUCGCAUCGAGCUGCUGCAUGAGCUCGGCUUGCGUCGCUUUAUCUUAGUUGAAAAUACGCCUCUGCAAAAUACGCCGGUUUUUCGGCAGCUCAAUGCGACUGCGGAAGGAGCAAAGUAUACGCAAGCCAACAAUGCAGAGCAAAAGAAGCUCGCCAUGGUUUUGAACGCGCAGUGGAAAGGCAAUGCAGUCAUCGACAUCUUUCCUGCUUAUGCGCUCUUUGACGCCUACUACCGCAAGCCUGAAGAGUAUGGCAUCGCGAAUGUGGACACGCCUUGUAAUCACACUGCUGCUUGCACGACCAGUCUGUGGCAGGACACUCUUCAUCCCGCUCCGCGUCCCUGGAAAAUCUUUGCUCGCAAACUGGUGCGCUUUGUGGCGGGUGUCCGCGGUGACGCUCUCAUCAAGGGUGAUGAAGGGGCUCAAUAAAGGAGGUGCGAGGUGCAAUCAACUCUCAGGGGCCUCUUGAUGCUCGAGGCAGCGAAUCAGUCCAAGCAACGCAUGCACCUUUUCAAAUGCAUGUACAGAGAUGUCUGCCUGCUUCAUUAGCUCGAUUCGGC